GCCUUCAUUUACCCUUGCGUCGCAGUAUAAAAGAAAAAAAUGAAAAAUUGGUUAUUUGUUUGAGGUUAAAACAAAGAGAAACAGAGAGAGAGAGAGAGAGAGAGAGAGAUCGCGUACUUGUACGAAGUUGCUUUAAAGGUAACAAUUAAUAUAUUGUGCAUGUAGUGCGAGGAAACAUUAUUAACCGCCACCAUGAGUAAGAUGUAUUCGACGGCGAACCUGUCCGACAAAGAGCUCAAAGAACAGGGGAACCGUCUCUUUAAUCUGCACAAAUACGAGGAUGCAGCCAAUUGCUACACGAAAGCGAUCAUAAAAAAUCCAGACCAAGCAUUGUAUUUUACGAAUCGAGCGCUGUGUCAUUUGAAGCUGAAGCAAUGGGAAUCUGUAUGCAAAGACUGCAGACGUGCCUUGGACAUAGAUCCUUGUUUGAUGAAAGGCCACUUCUUCUUGGGUCUUGCGCUGCUAGAAUUGGAACUGUUUGAUGAAGCUGUGAAGCAUUUGCAGAGAGCUGUGGAUUUGGCAAAGGAGCAGAAGCUGAAUUAUGGCGACGACAUUACUAGUGUACUACGACAAGCUCGUAAGCGUCGAUUUCAAGUGAGAGAGGAACAAAGGAUCGCCCAAGAUAUCGAGUUGCAAACGUAUCUAAGCCAACUGAUCAUAGAUGAUGCAAAACAUAACUUGGAAGCUCUGCAGGAGCAGGAAAUGACAAAAAAGGAAUCUGACACUGAAACAAACUCGACGGAAUUUGCUAGGAAAAAGGAAGAAAUUGAGGAGAAGAGAGAUACCUGUAUAUCACAUCUCAACGAUCUCUUUGCUAAAGUCGACGAGAGAAGAAGAAAAAGAGAAGUGCCUGAUUACUUGUGCGGCAAGAUUAGCUUCGAGAUUCUGCAGGAACCGGUAAUCACACCCAGCGGGAUCACGUACGAGCGGAAAGAUAUCGAGGAGCAUCUUCAACGGGUCGGCCAUUUUGAUCCGGUUACACGUGUGCGUUUAACGCAGGAUCAGUUAAUACCGAACUUGGCGAUGAAGGAAGUGGUCGAUACUUUCUUACAGGAAAACGAGUGGGCCUUACAUUACUGAUAUGGGAAAUGUAGUUUACUGCCAAUAUAGGUUUAAGACGAUUCUUGGCAAAAAUGGAAAAUGCGAAUACGAAAAAAGCUGUAGAGAAAGAUGUCUGAAAAAAAAAGAAAUCUCAAAGCUGUAAAAUAGUAGGAUAUAUAUGUACUUGUAAAGGAUUAAGUAUUUUGUUACCGUUAAAUAUUUCUCUGAAACAUACCGUAUGUUGAAAAGUCAUGGAAGUUUUCGGACGUAAGUAUUCUAGCUAUAAAACUUAGUGUAACAAUAAAAACUUACAAAACUGAUUAAUUUUCUAUAAGUGCUAUAUAUAUAUAUAUAUGUAAUUGAUUUUUUACUAAUCAAGAUGUUUUUUGUUAUUUUGUUAUUUGCGCACUUAAAAUUCGAAUAUAUUAACUUACAGAAUUUAUAGAAACUUCGUAUUGUAAAAGCGGUUGCAUAUAAAUGAAUGAAAUUAAAAGGUUAGUUGAUAGUUCAAAAGUGAAUUGAAAGUUUUAAUAUAUCACUUCUCGAAUCAAAUUGUUAUGAUAAUCGCUCAUAUAACAUAGCGUGGUAUAUAUGAUUAUUGUUUUCAGUAUAAAAAU